AUGGAUAAUAUGAAUUUAAUUUUAAAUUUUGUGACUCAUAAUUCUAAUGACUCCAAUUCGGAAAUAUCAAGUAUACGAUCAAAAUUGAAAGGAGUUCGUGGAGGUUGGAGAGAAAAAAGCAAAGUUCGCAAGUCUUUGAAAAAAAAUGCAACGAAUUCUAUCAAAAAUUCUCAAGUUCUAGAAAAGUUAUAUAAGAAAUCAAAAUUGGUCAGGCAUUUGGAUUUGAAUAAUAGUAAAAAGCAACAAAAUCAUGAAAAUAAUGAUGAAAAAAAAGAAAAAAAUUCACAUUACAUUAGCAAUAUUAACAAUAUUAAUAAUAUUAGCAGUAAUGGAUUAACAAGAAAUCCACAGAUUAUUUCAUCAAUAUUCACUAAUAAUCCAAAGAUUAUUAAUAUUCCUGAUGAUGAGAUAAAAUCAGAAAAUUCAAAAAAUUCAAAUCAAAAUAAUCAAAGUAAUCACUCUAUUAAUAAUAAUUCAUCUUUCAUUGGCACAGGCUUAAAUUCUGAAUUAAUUUCUAACGUGAAAAAAAAACUUGGGAUCGAAAAACCAACAAAUAUACAACAAAAAGCAAUCCCAAUUUUAUUGAACUCUAUAAAUGAUGAUGCUGACGUAUUUAUACAAGCCGAAACCGGUUCAGGAAAGACUUUAGCUUAUUUAUUCCCAAUAGUGCAACGUUUAAUGUUUGCUGAACAACAAAAUACACAAGAUACUACUAGGAAUUCAUCAUUUUCUAGAAAUAUUGGUACUCUCGUCAUUAUUUUAACUCCAACACGAGAAUUAGCAAAGCAAAUCCUUUUAGUUAUAAAUUCUUUAAUUAAUAUACCAUCUUCGAAACUUUCUACUCUUCAUUUAACUCAUUGGAUAGUUCCUGGAUCAAUUAUAGGAGGUGAAAAAAAACAAUCCGAAAAGGCCAGACUUCGUAAAGGUAUAAAUAUUUUGGUCAGCACUCCUGGAAGAUUAUUAGAUCAUUUACAAACCACAAAAUCAUUUAUAGUGAAACAUUUACGUUGGUUAGUACUUGAUGAAGCGGAUCGUCUUUUGGAAUUGGGAUUUGAAGAAAAACUUCAAUCAAUACUAAAAAUACUUGAUGAAAAAAGUAAUGAUGAUGAUAUUCAAAAUCAAUUACCUUUCACUUCAUCAUCUUUGCCACGGAGAAGACAAACCAUUCUUUGUUCUGCUACAUUAAAAAAUAAUGUUAAAAAUUUAGCGGGAUAUGCUUUGGAUAGUCCAAUUUUUAUAGGGGAAAAAAAUGAUCCCGAAGAUUCUAGUUAUUCAACUCCUAAUCAAUUACAACAAACUUAUGUGACCACACCUGCCAAAUUACGUUUGAUUACUUUGACUUCAUUAUUGAAAUCUACAUUUAGAGAAAAAAAUACAAUAAAUUCAAAGAUUGUUGUAUUCUUAUCAUGUUGUGAUUCCGUUGAUUUUCAUUUUGAUUUGUUUGCCAAUUCUGGGAAAUUUCCCAGAGAACAAAUUGAUGAUUCAAAAAAUAAAGUUAAAAUACAAUCUUUUGAAGAUAAUAACAACGAUUUAUCUAAAUGUUCAUGUUAUGUUAAGAGUACAAUAAUUCCUAAUACAACACUUUAUAAAUUACAUGGAGAAUUAUCACAAGCUGAUCGCACAACAAUAUUUAAUAAUUUUAGUAAAGCAGAAACUGGUAUAUUAUUUUGUACAGAUGUCGCAGCUCGAGGUCUUGACCUUCCUGGUAUUUCAAAGAUUAUACAAUAUGAUCCACCGAUUGAUAUAAAAGAUUAUGUUCAUCGUGUGGGAAGAACUGCUAGGUUAGGUAAAAAAGGAGAAGCAAUCUUAUUUUUGUUACCAAGUGAAAUUGAAUAUAUUAAUGCUUUAAAAUCACAUGGAAUACAUGCAAAAUCUGUUAAAGUGGAAACAUUAUUAGAAAGUCUAAUGCCAAUUAAGAACCAGGAAUAUGAAUUUGAAGCAACAAACAUACAGUUAAAAUUUGAAAGAUAUAUUCUUUCAAACUCAAAGUGUACAGAAUUAGCAGAGAGAGCGUUUUCAUCAAGUAUUCGAGCAUAUGCCACACAUUCUUCCUUGGAAAAACAAAUAUUUCAUAUCAAAAAAUUACACCUUGGUCAUAUAGCUAAAAAAAAGGAAUUAUCAGGAAAUACCAAAAAUUUAAAUGCCAAAAGAAAAUUCGAUUUUUUGAAUAAUAAAUUCGCAACCACGAGGAACAAGAAACCAUGGAUAAAGAAUAAAGUUUUAAAUUAUUUAUACUUGGGUCCUGGACCCAAACAAAAACCCGUCAGAGCGCAAAUAAUUGAGUUUUUUACAAUUAAUACCGAACAACGGAACCUUGAUAAAAUUAUUUAUGCAGAAAUUCAUGACACGGAGUAUAGCAUUCGAUGUUCCUUUAAUGCAAUUUGUUCGCAAGAGUUUGAAUGCCAAAAUAGAAUUACUCUGCAAUCUAUAAAGGGAGCAUUUAUAAUCAUUCACGAAUACUCUAUAAUCCAUUAUCAUAACAAAUCUUCAAAUUUAAUUACUUUAGAAAUUAAAAAAUUUAAUUAUUCUGCAAAUAUUGUACCGGAAUUUGAUUAUUCUUUAAAAUCUAUUUACGACGAUAUGGACUAUCAAGCUGGAAUAAAACGUAGCGCGAACAAAAAUAGAAACCCUUUUGAACAUCCUGGAUGGAGGAACGUAGAUAAAAGGAUUCAUUCGAUGUCAUGUCGAAAAAUCCCUUACGACCAGCAAAAAAUACUUGAUCAAAUACCAGGUUUUACUCCCGAUUUUGGAUGGGAAAUAACCAAUCCUGAGUACGACGUUAACGAAAGUAUUGACGAUCAGGAUUCCGUCUCUUCUGAUGAUGAUCAGACUUUGUCUUCUCCAGAAUCUACUUUAAGUUCGGCUGGAGAUCCUGUUAUAGAAUCAGACGAAGAAUUGUCGUUAAAUGCAUCAGAAGAGCAAGUGCAGGAAAUUAGGAAAUGUUUAAAACGAAACAACGAAGAGAAUGUUGAAAAUAAAAAGACGAAAUUACAUAAAAGUGCUACAUGA